AUGCCAUCACUCCUUCUUAACGUCUCCCUUCCCAGACAUACUGCUGGAAAAACUACUAUUAAAGGUUUUGCUGAGUUGUUGGAUAUCACAGGAAACAUCAAACGUUCGGAUGAGAAUGUUUGUGAAAUGGUUGUUGAACACAUCCAAAAGGAAAAACUGUCCUUUUUUUUAGGUACAGUUUUUGCUCAUUUCCAGGACAAGAACAUCGAGUUUCUUAUUCUUUCCAUCAAAUACUUGGGAAGAAAGAUGUACACAUCAUUCAAAAUUAUUGAAAACAAAGAUUGGAUGAAAAACAUAACAGAUUGUUCUUCGGACGAUAACACUCCUCACCCAAAAUAUAAUCUUCAACGUAAUAACGAAACAUUUACCCAGUUUGUGGAAGAAGAAUUGGAAGUACUACAAGUACCUCCUAGUGAUAUUUCAGAUAAUGAAAUCCAACGACAAACAACUGUCUUAAAUAGUUUUAGAUACAAUAUGCUUGAAAAUAAUGACCAUUAUAUUUAUGAAGUUAUCACUCCUGGAUUCAAAAAACAAGAGUUAGAAAUCACCAAAACCAAAAGAAACUUGUAUGUUGCUGGAGAGAAAAAACAAACCAGAACAGGCAGGGUAGUUUAUUGUAAGAUUCCUAUUUCAGGACUAUUCAGAACCAAAAUUCCUCUUCCUCCUAAUCAUGGCAAAAUAUUAGGGGCAACUCAAGAAGAUGGCUUGUUAGUUAUUACUAUGGCAAAAGAAACCUUUACAACUGAAAAAAUAUCAAUUCAAUAA